AUGCCUGCGAAGUCAAUGAAGCUAAUCGCCUCUGAAUCCUCAGAAAAUCAGGUUCCAGACUUCAACCCAGAUGCUUUGCGAAGCUUGACCGAAAAAAUUGAGAGUAAUCUCAAGAAUCAAGGCAAAGGAGCGGUCUCGAAAGACGCACCAGCGAGGCCGAAGACAAAGACUCUGAAUGCGAAGAAGAAACCCGGAGAACAUGCGGCCAAGGCUCCAGUGUCAGACUCCGCCGUCAAAGCUGCUAGUAAUAGCAGUACGGCAAUAGCAAAGCAAAAACCCACAGUGGCCCUAGAGACGAAUGGGGGAAAGAAGAGAUUGCGAGAUGGGCGUGUUAAGGAAGAGAGCUAUGGAACGAAAGGGAAGGAUGUCAACACAAUCAAGCUUGGGACCAGGAAUCGAAAAAUUGGAUCAGACAAUGACACUAAUAUUGACGAGGAAAUACGAGCUCUUGGGGGCACGAAGGAAGAUGUCGACCUCAUAGCGGAUGUUAUGUCGGAAUCAGAGAUGGAAGACGAUGAGGCAGGACCGAGCAAGAACUUAGGGUACGGCCUCGAGAAGGAGAUGCUACAAUUGGUUCGACAACUUGGUCUUGAUAGAGCCGGUAAGAAUGAAUUGAUGGUAGACUCUGAAUUAGAGGAGGCAGAUGAGGUAGAAGAACUAGAAGAGAACCGGGAACCUGAUAUGUUACCUUCAAACAAAGUAAGGAGUGGCAUCAAGCUAGCUUUACAAAAUGUGACGUCUGUUGACAAAGGUCAAAGAUCUCUGACUUUCCACCCUCAGUCAGAGUGGCAUGCCGUUGAGCUACCCCCACUGCCUCUACCAUCCCAAGAGACCUCUAUCUUGCCUUUUGAUUUACUAGACCGCCUUCACAAUCAUGCCAAGGCACUUCUGGAGAACGAAAAUACGCAAUACGCCAAAUCGAAUAGGUCCGCAUCCUCUGCGCAUCAUUUCUAUUCCGCCAUCAUGUCAACAGGUACGCUCUCGGACAAGAUCUCGGCUUUGACAUUGUCAGUACAAGAAUCACCAGCUCAUAACAUGAAGGCUUUGGAGAGCCUUGUCAACUUGGCUGGUAAACGUAGUCGUGGUCAGGCUGUCGAAGUGCUGGGGGCUUUGAAAGAUCUGUUCGGCCUUGGGAACCUUCUGCCCUCGCAUCGAAAGCUCAAAACUUUUGCUAGCCAACCUGCUCUGUCUAAUGCUUUUGAUCCUAUCAAUUUCCACUGGACCUCUAGAGAUCCAUUGCCGAAGGAACUCAGGGAGAUUCAUCUCAUUUCAUGGGCAUAUGAAGACUGGUUGAAAUCAAUUUUCUUCAAAGUCCUAAAAACCAUUGAAACCUGGUGCAAUGACGAGGUAGCAUUUGCCCGUGGCAAGGUUGUGGACUAUGUCUGUCAGCUCCUGAAGGAAAAGCCUGAACAAGAAGCUAAUCUCCUCCGACUGCUUGUGAACAAGCUCGGUGAUUCUGACAAAAAGAUUGCCUCAAAAACAUCAUUCAACAUCUUACAGUUGGAAGCCACGCAUCCACUUAUGAAGCCGACUAUCAUUGCAGCCAUUGAAUCAAAUCUACUUUUUCGGCCUGGCCAGAGCUUACAUGCAAAGUACUAUGCAAGCAUUACUCUGAAUCAGACUAUCCUGAGUGGGAAAGAGAGUGGUGUUGCGAGAAAGCUGCUGGAUAUAUACUUUGGUCUUUUCAUCAAGCUUUUAGAGAAACCAGAGGAAGCGAAGCCUGUGGCUACGCGGGUCAAUGACAUUAGCAUCAACAAGAAGGGAGAAGUCCAAGGUGGCGGAGGAUCUGCCGGAAAGAAGGCGCAGAAGAAACUGGCUGAAAAAGAAAAAGCGACCACUGUUGAUGGAGAUCUACAAGAAAAGAUGCUAUCGGCGGUUCUCACUGGAGUCAACCGCGCCAUACCAUUCACGGAUACCAACGACGAAUCAUUUGAGAGACAUCUGGAUACGCUCUUCAAAGUGACCCAUUCGUCAAAUUUCAAUACAAGCAUCCAGGCGCUCAUGCUGAUUCAGCAGCUCAAUGGGCCUCACCAAGGCUCGACAGAUAGAUUUUACCGGACCCUGUACGAAUCACUUCUUGAUCCUCGUCUCCUGACGUCCUCAAAGCAGGCACUUUACCUGAAUCUCUUGUUCAGAGCAUUGAGGUCGGAUCUCAACGUCAAGCGCGUCAAGGCUUUCGCAAAACGAUUAUUGCAGGUGGUGACUAUGCACCAACCCUCGUUCACUUGCGGUACUCUUUAUCUCCUCAGAGAGCUUGAAGGCGUUUUUACCAACCUCGAGGCAUUCAUAGAUCAAGCGGAAGAAGACAGUGACGAAGAGGAAGACUUCCGGGACGUGCAAGAGCAGCUAGCUAACAGGUCAGCUCCAGAUGAUGGACCAUCUCGACAGAAAACAAACAAGCUCGCAGCGAGAUAUGAUGGAAGGAAACGGGAUCCCGAGUUCAGCAAUGCCGACCGGUCCUCUCUCUGGGAGGUCACUCCAUUCCUGCAGCACUAUCACCCUUCUGUCUCCCUAUUUGCUACUCGACUUCUUACCCACAGCGAAAUGCCUCCCAAGCCAGACCUCGCGCUAAACACUCUCAUCCACUUCCUCGAUCGCUUCGUAUACCGCAAUCCUAAAGCGACAAGCGCACCAAGAGGAGCGAGUAUCAUGCAACCUAUGGCUGGCGGUGACACAAGCGCCUUGCUGAUAACGGCUUACUCCAACAAGUCGAGCACUAGGCAGCCAGUCAACUCGGAAGCAUUCUGGAAACAGUCAAGUGAAAAGGUCAAUGCUGACGAAGUUUUCUUCCACAAGUACUUCAGUACGCUGGGUAGAGGCAAGGAAAAGGCUAGCAAGAAGAAGACAGAACGGAAACCGGACGCCGAGGAUAGUGAAGAUGAGGGCGAUGAAGACGAGAUCUGGAAGGCGUUGGUGGAGAGUAGGCCCGAGCUGGAUGAGGGGAGUGACAGUGGCUUCGGGGACGAGGACAUCGAGAGUGAUAUGGAAGAGCUGGACGACGAUGAGCUCGACUCCGAGCUUGGUAACGAGUCCGAAAGCGCCAACGGUGACCUUUCAGAAGGUACUGAAGGCCUUGCGGAUCUUGAUGAUGAAGACGGCGAAGGACUCUUGGACAGCGAUGACGAGGUGCCCAGCAAUCUUGAAGAGGGAUUCGACGAGGAAGUCACCUCAAGCAAGCCGGAGUCGGUCGUGAAACCAGAGGAUGAGAAGCGCGGCAGCAAGAGGCGGAGGCUGAAGAGCUUGCCUACUUUCGCAUCGGCGGAUGAUUAUGCAAAGAUGUUGGAAGAGGAUGAUUGA